CAAACUUCAGUUGCGCUCAAUGUAUUCUUCGUAGCGAAUUCGCAAAUCGGUGUUUAUAUCAUUUUUGUGAUUAAUUUUCUUUAAAAUAGCAAACACUGACGGUAUGCCAUUUGUCAAUUAAAAGUUUCGUUAUCCCACAAUCGAGUGUUGGCUGAGAUAUCUCUGUUGGAUCAUUUAUAAGAGCAGAACGAAGCGGAAGGAAAAGCUCCCACAUUAACUCAGCGUGGAAAAGAUGCGCUACUGCGAAAAGGGGGAGAAUGAAAUCGAGUUGGAAAAGGAAGGGGAUGAUUCAGGGUUUCGCCUUGGUCCAAUUUUGUCUGCACCCCCGUAAUGGAACGUGGUUUCCCAGAUGGAAAUAAGGGGAGAGUUCUACUUUUGUACACAGACUAUGCUCUUGAUAUAUCUAUAGAGAAACCCCCGCCGAAGGCACACAAAACUCUGCAAAUGCAUGGGGUAUUCUGGCCAAAGAGGGACGAGUCAUGCUCAUUUGACUGAAAAUCUUCAGUUCAGCUCUGAGGGGAAAUUUUUUUUUCUUCGUUUGUUAAGUCAAUCCUAUUAUUGGAAAUUCGAAAUGAACUCUCGUUCACUCAAAUAGUAAUAAUUGGCGUUGAUCAUGAAUCUUCUUCCUAUUUUUGUGCACGUAUACACUCGAAGUCAAAAAUUCAACGAUCAAGAUUUCCUUAUUAGGGAAUAAAAUGUCCCAACUAACAUAAAACGAAGCAUGCUCAUGCUCAUUAACUGCGAGCAAUACAAAUCUGUCAGUAAUUGGCUAAAUAAAGUCAGUUUUCCGAGUUCAAAGUGACAGUCGAACGUAGUCAAUCAUUGACAAUUUAUAUGGCUACAAUUUUAUAGAGUGUUAGGAUUGAUAACACGUUAUUUAGGUCUUUCGACUGAAAGCUUUCUGGACACAAAAAUGAGUAUGUCAAUCACUGUUCUUUCUUGUUUAGUUGGGUGGGUUCAUGGGAGACUUUUUCUCCUUGACUAUGGGCCAAUCACUGUGGGAUUUGUUCUCCAAGUCCCCAGUUGCUUUGUCCAACAGGCCAGAGAUCGAUAGAACACAUGCGCUCUGAAAAUCUCCCUCUCUCGUUCUCUCUUUCUCUCUCGUUUCUUCCCUCCAGGAACUGAAUCUCGGGAACCUGCUGCUGUGCUGUUUUCCUACUUCGCUCCCACACGAUAUACAGCUGUUAAAGACACCGGAGUCAUUGUGAAACACCUCUUAUCAGAGGCGAAACGUGUUUAUCGGAUUUUCUUUGUGUUCAUAUCGACAGUGGAAAAAGUGUGUAUCCGUUAAAAAACAGCCAGCAUUAUAAGUUUUUUGUUCUUCAAUAUACGUCGUUAUGAAAUAUCCUCAUUGAAGAAUUGUACGUCGAAGGACACCGCAGCUGUUGACAUUUAAGUCGGAUAUUCAUUGCUGUGACACGAGAAGGACGAAAUAUGGAAGGAGCUACGGAAAACGGAAGUAGCAACGGUGGUGAAAAGCCAGCGGUCACCAACGUGACGAACGAAGUUGCUAGCCUCAAGCUCGAAGAAACAACAACGGAAAAGUCAGCGCCAGCGAGCCCAUCGGCCGCAAGUGGUGGAUCAUUUAUCUCCAGUUUCAAAGCUUUCUCCAAAUUCGGAGAUCCAAAAAGCGAUGGGAAGCUAAUAACCCUCAGCCAGAGUGACAAGUGGAUGAAACAAGCGAAAGUUAUAGAUGGCAAGAAAAUUACGACAACGGAUACGGGAAUUUACUUCAAAAAACAUAAAUCCAACAAGUUGGGCCUCGAGCAGUACAAGGCUUUUCUCGAAGAAUUGUCAAAGAACAAAAAGGUGGAGCUGGCUGAGAUGAAGAGCAAGAUGGCGAAUUGUGGACCCCCAGGAUUUACAGGAGGAACGUCCGGGGCUGGUAAGACUGCGUCAGCCGUCGAUCGACUGACGGAUGUCUCGAAGUACACAGGGUCGCACAAACAACGCUUCGACGAGACCGGCAAGGGCAAGGGUAUAGCCGGACGUAAAGACCUACCGGAUCAAUCCGGUUAUGUGCAGGGUUACCAAAACAAGGACACGUACAAAGCGCAGUAGCUGCGAAAUCGUCAUAAAAUAUGUCAUUACCAUCGCGUUCGUCAAGACGAAAAAAUCACAAGAUCCAUCUGAGAAGACUCUUCCGAUCUUCGAUAACCAAGGGAGUCGAGUACGAAACCGGCCACUUGGAUGGUGUUUAAUAAAUGGGAGCACGCGGAUACCGCCCAGGAAAUGCAGAACCACCAAUGCCAUCGAUGGUUCUGGGGAUGAUGAAUAUCGGUUUUGCGGGCACUUCGAAAUCACUUUCGAUUCAUUUAGACCCACGUUAAAUGGUUUGGACAUGCGGCUAAUCGGCGACGUGGAAAUUUGAAGGGUUCGCCACCACAGACCUGAAUGACUGUAAACUGAAAUCUCAGCGAUACUGUCGAUCAUCAGCGAUCAUUAAUGUUCUCUUCGGUCGCUCAAAACUAUCUUGAUUUAUGUGGGAAUCGAUAUUCAACAGCGAAAUUUGUGUCUAAUCAUCUAAUCUACUAAUCAUCUCUUUGGCUCGUUAAGAGCCACGGCCAGUGCAACAGCGUGGUUUUUAAGGCGUUGCAAUCGAUUUCCAAUCAUUCAAGGUGACCUAAAAUUAGCCUAAUGGAUCUGAGAAAGUUUGCCAAGUGCUUGAAAUUUAGAUGGUUUCACGCGAUUUAAAGUUUUCGAGGCAGAAAAGGGAUCAGCGAUCGAUGAGCACCAACCAAACAGCCAGUUUCUACCGUCGUAAAGGUUUUUUGACGUAAUACGGAACUUCUCGUGUACAAGGGUUUCCUAUCGGAAUGCUUCCUUUGUCCGUCUUCGUCCAUUGUCAACUCGACGUAAAAAUAAGUGCAAACGCGUUUGUUGACGCAAUAUACGUAAAUGUACAAUCAUUCAUAAGAUCAUUUGAGCGAUAAAAAUAAUAGAAAUUCGUUCAUUCACCACGAUUCUGCUGAUGCUUGACCUUGGUACAUUUUUUUACUGGAUAUCUCAUCAGUCGUUUUCAACCCCCAUGAACGGAAUUAAUAUUUGAAAUAUAUGAAAAGCGUAAUACAUGAAAAUGUAUGAAAAGUGUAUUCCGCAUAUAUAAAAAAUAUAUUUUUUUAAACUUUCAUACAUACAAAUAUAUGAAUCACGUAUUUAUUUUAUCGAUGAUUAAUCAUGUAUUGUGUUUUUAUUAACGAUAUAUUAUUUUAACAUUAAAUAUACAUUUUUGACAAAAAUCAGAUAAAUUUUUUUUCAAUUUUGAAUGAAUAUUUUUUACAUAAUUUUACAUAAUAAAAAAUCGACAGGAAAUACGCUUUUUUCAAUAUGAAAUAUCGAGAGGCUCGGCAGAGUCUCGGAACAAGUACACUGGUAGCCCUGUCUAUAUUUUUUUGUACUGAAAUUACAUUUUCAUUGCACUGAACAUAUAUUUAUCAAAUGCCAAAUAUGUACGAUUAAUGUAUGGAAAAUAUUUGCUAGUUUGAGGUUAUACGUUAACGUCUCAACGUUAUAUAAAAAUCCUAGAAAUUAUAAUAUUUAUUUAUCAAAAAUGCAUAUUCGAUAUAAAAAAAAAUAUAUCCUCAAUCACAAUAGAUAAUUCAUAUAUUUGUAUGUAUGAAAGUUUGAAACAAAUGUAUUUUUUAUAUAUAUGCGGAAUAUACUUUUCAUACAAUAUUACAUAUACUUUAAAUAUAAAUUCUUUUCAUAGGGGAACCCUCGCCUCGUUCCGAGUGAUCAAAAAAUAUUGAAGAAUCGUACAAUGAUAAAAACUGCACACUCGAUUAAUUUUCAUACUGUACGAACCGGAACCGCAAUCCCCGUUAAUUUUAAAAACAGGAAUGUGAUUUCCUUUUAUCUGGAAUAAUAAAAAAGAUACAUAAAUAUAUUAUAAGUAUGAUAAAACUGCACGUGGGUAUAUAUAAAAAAAUAUGUUAAAUUCGGAGUACUAUGAAAAUUGUUUUAUUAAAUUCCUUGAUAUUGAGAUCCGACGUGAUCUCAAAUAUGGGUUGCUACCCGAAAAAUCACUUUUCGAUCCAAAGUUAUGUGGUUCAUAUUUUCUCAUAAAAAAAUAUAAAAUCACUUACGAGAAAUACUCAGUAGUAACUCUCAACAUAGCUAAACUAUUGAAAGUACGAAUACGAACGUGCAUUCAUCAAUCGUAUACGUUCCCAGAUAAAAAUCGACUCACUGAUUUAAAAAAUUGACCAAAAGUUCAAAGACAAAUAAAAACAGUCGAGGUGUACCUACCUUUUAUUCAACAUUUGUUGUACUCGUGAUCUCCGAAUGGUGAGAAGAGCAUUACCUCAUCGCUCAUGGACUUUGAAUUUCGUUGAUAUUAAAUUUUUCAACUCCCGAUGAAAUACAAGAUUUAAGUAAUGAAGCAUAAAAAUUCCUUUUUCUUUUGUUUUAAAUACGUAACAGAAUUUCAAAGAGACUUGAAUAUCAUUUACGAAAGAUGAAACAAUCGCACGAAAACUUAACGAGACAGUGAUAAAAUGUUGAAAGUGGUGUGUAUCAUAAAAAACUCGACUUUUUCAAUAAAAGAUUUGUUUUUUUAA